AUGAAAAUAAGUAAAUGGAUAAAAAUUUUAUCAUUUGAUAAAAGAAACUUUGGAAGUUCAUAUUUAAAUAAAAAAUUGAAAUUAAUAAAUGACCGAGCUUUAAAAUAUCACAUAGAUUACAUUAGGUCAUUAGAUAUACUAGAAGGAAAAAAUAGAAGUGUAAUGAAAGAAAUUUUUCCGAAUAAGAAAAGUGAAAUAAAUGACUUGUUUUUUAAAAGAGAAAGUAAUGAAGACGAAAAAGAUGAAGAGGAUUUAUUAAAUAUAGAUUUAACAAAAAAUAAGUAUCAUUAUGAAAUGAAAAAUAUGUUACUAAAUGAAUUUGGAGUUAUAAAAAUAAUACAUAAUGAUAUAAUUGAAGAGGAAAGUGAUUGUAUGUUAAUACCAAUGGUUUCUAAUUUCAUCCCAUUAAGUGGAUUUGGUGCUUAUAUAUUACAAAAAGGGGGAAGAGAAUUAGUAAAAGAAAUAUUUACUUCUAUUAAGAAUUUAAUAAAAAAACGAAUAGAAAUACUAAAUGAACAUAAAGAAGAAUAUUUAAGUACUUCAACAACAAUGAAUAAUGAAAAGGGAUUUAAAGAAUUAGUAGAAAACUCAAAAACAUUACAAACAGGAGAUUUAAUACUAACAAAACCACAUAAUGUUAGUGAUAAAGUUAAAUUAUUGGCUUUUCUAAUUAUGCCUUAUUUUUGGCAAGGAAAUUGUUAUAUAUCGGCUAAUAAGUUAAGAUAUUCUUUUUCAAAUGCAUUAAGACAAUUAAAUGAAUUAUGUGUUUCUUCUAUUAUUUUACCAAAUAUAGCAUCAGGAAUAUAUGGAUACACACCAAAUUCUUCUAGCAAUAUUCUAAUUGAAGAAUCCAUUGAAUCAUUGUUGCAAUUGAAUAAUACAGUUCCUAUAUAUAAUUUAAAUUCUAUUUCUUUUAUCGAUAAAGAUUUAAAUACAUGUAAAAUAUUCAGUGAAGCACUUGAAGAAGUAUCAAGAAAUUAUUUACCUCAUAAAAAAGUAAUGCCAGCACCAAAAUAUUGGAAUACUGUAAAUAGAAGACUUUUAGAAAUACCAUCUAAUGUUGUUUAUUUUUGUAGAAGACAAAAUAAAAUUUCUUUUAAAAAAUACCAUGGUAUAAUUAGGAGAAAAUAUCAAAAUUAUUACAGUAAUAUUAGACCAUUUAAAUGGAGAGCAUCAAGAGUUGUUGAACCAAAUCCAUUUCUUGUUUAUAAAAAUUCAGGAGAACCUAGUUCAUAUCAAUAUGAUUAUAAACCAUAUUACUACAAAGGAAUAACUCAUACCCUUUAUCCAAUUAAUAAAAAGGGAUUAAUAAAUAUAAGAAUAGGAAACAAGGGAAAAUUACAAGCACUCAAAAAUAUUUCUAAUAUAUCUUUAGAAACAAAACCAAGACUUUAA